GACACACAAAGUCGGCUUCUCUGGUUUUAUGUUUCUGCCUAUUCUUCACUUUUCCUCCCUUCCCACUUUCUAGUUUAUCCUCCCACCCUUUAUAUGCCCACUGUUUUUCACUUCCUCCCCCUUCCCAAAUCCUAUAUUACCAACUCUCCAAACCCCCAUUUCUCCACUCUUUCAUUCACAAUACCUCUCAAUUUCUUCCUCAAUCCUCUUCUUUCAAUCUUAAACCCCACAAACAUACAUAAUCCAAUCAAACCCUCCAAUUCCUUCCAAAAUCUUCAACUAUGGAAAAUGAAAAUCCUUCGUCUCAAUCUGUACAAAUACAACCCAGUUCAGUCUCUGCUUCAGGAACCCUAGGACAACAUCUAGCGAGACGGCUUGUUCAAAUCGGAGUUAAGGAUGUAUUCUCUGUUCCUGGUGAUUUCAAUUUAACUUUGUUGGAUCAUUUAGUUGCUGAAACAGAGCUUAACCUAAUUGGGUGCUGUAACGAGCUUAAUGCUGGAUACGCUGCUGAUGGGUAUGCACGAUCUAAAGGUGUAGGUGCUUGUGCCGUUACUUUCACUGUUGGUGGGUUAAGUGUGCUUAACGCCAUUGCUGGAGCUUACAGUGAGAAUCUGCCUGUUAUUUGUAUAGUCGGUGGACCUAAUUCUAAUGAUUAUGGUACUAAUAGGAUUUUGCAUCAUACUAUUGGGUUGCCUGAUUUUACCCAGGAAUUACGUUGCUUUCAAACUGUCACUUGCUUUCAGGCAGUGGUGAACAACUUAGAUGAUGCACAUGAGCUGAUAGACACUGCAAUUUCAACAGCUUUAAAAGAAAGCAAGCCAGUUUACAUAAGUAUAAGCUGUAAUCUGCCUGGAAUCCCUCAUCCAACUUUCGCUAAAGAACCUGUUCCUUACUUCCUUGCACCACAUUUGAGCAAUCAGUUAGGAUUAGAAGCUGCAGUAGAAGCCACAGCUGAGUUUCUAAACAAGGUUGUAAAACCUGUCAUUAUUGGCGGCCCUAAACUUCGGGUCGCAAAGGCGCAAAAAGAGUUUGUAGAACUUGCUGAUGCAUGUGGUUACCCAGUAGCAGUAAUGCCAUCGGGUAAAGGGCUGGUACCGGAACACCAUCCGCACUUCAUUGGGACAUAUUGGGGUGCUGUCAGUACGAACUAUGUUGGGGAAGUGGUAGAAUCGGCCGAUGCUUACAUAUUUGUUGGACCCAUUUUCAAUGAUUAUAGUUCGGUUGGGUAUUCGUUGCUCAUCAAAAAAGAGAAAGCAAUCAUUGUGCAGCCUAAUCGUGUUACUAUUGCUAAUGGUCCCUCGUAUGGAUGGGUUUUCAUGGCCGAGUUUUUGAGUCUUUUGGCUAAGAAGUUGAAGAGAAACACAACAGCAAUGGAGAAUUACCGUCGAAUAUAUGUUCCUCCCGGCAUGCCAUUGAAGUGUCAGAAGGAUGAACUGCUCAGGGUUAAUGUUCUCUUCAAACAUAUCCAGGAUAUGAUUGAUGGAAAUACAGCAGUAAUUGCAGAAACUGGAGACUCUUGGUUCAAUUGUCAAAAGCUCCGUCUUCCAGAAGGCUGUGGGUUUGAAUUUCAGAUGCAAUACGGCUCAAUAGGCUGGUCUGUGGGUGCUACUCUAGGAUAUGCUCAAGCAGCCAAAGACAAGCGAGUUGUUUCCUUCAUUGGCGAUGGGAGUUUUCAGGUUACUGCUCAAGACGUGUCAACAAUGAUUCGCUGUGGACAAAGGAACAUAAUAUUCCUCAUCAACAAUGGUGGGUACACAAUCGAAGUUGAGAUUCAUGACGGCCCCUACAACGUGAUAAAGAACUGGGACUAUACAGCCUUUAUCAAGGCUAUCCACAACAAUCAAGGAAACUGCUGGACGGCCAAGGUCUGGACCGAGGAACAACUGAUCGAUGCGAUAGCAACCGCUAAAUCCAGUGAGCAUCAGAAGUCUCUAUGUUUUAUAGAAGUGAUUGUGCACAAAGACGAUACCAGCAAAGAACUGUUGGAGUGGGGAUCUCGUGUUGCCUCCGCUAACAGCCGACCUCCAAAUCCUCAGUAGUGCUUCGUGUAGCAAGUGUGUCGUAGUCUCGUAGGUUCGUAGUCUCGGAGGUUAAUGUGGGACUAAAUAAAGGGGAUUAGAAAAAGUUCAGUUUUUAUGCAAUGGUUGUAUGUAAAUAAGUUUUUGCUUGUCUUUGAUUUAAGUUGCUAAUCUGGGAAGAAUUGGUAUACUUCCUUUUACUUCAAUGUAAUCCGAGAGGCUGGUUAUGUAUAUUGUUGAACGGGAUGAAUGGUAAAAUAUAUAAAGUAUUUGACAAAUGACUUUUUGUUGUCUUUUUAAUUGG